AUGUCCUCUUCUUUCUCUCUUUCUCAUCAGCCCCCUCUCCACCUUCCUCUCUGUCCCAGCACCCUCUUCCUUCUUUCUUUCCUCUCUAUCUCGCUUCUCGUUCAUUCCAUUUCAUGCCCAGUCUCUCCUCUCUCUGAUCUAUUCUUGCUGUCAUAUUUCACUAUUUCUUCUCUUUUUUUUAGUCAAAUAUUUUCUCUUUUCUUUUCUGUAUAUUUCACCACAUAUUUCUUUCUUUCUUUCUUUCUUUUUCUAUCGUCUCUUCUCCCUUGUCUAUCGAUCCUUCUCUUUUCCUCGUUCUUCAUUCGUCCAAAUUCUCCUUCCUUUUUCCUUUCAUUUAACUCGCCUGUUUCUGUCACUUUUCAUUUUCUCUUUCCUCCUGAACAUCUCGCUCUGUCCACCAUUCUUCUCUUCUUCUUCACCUCCUUUUUCUUCGUUGUCUUCUUCUUAGUUAUUUUCUUCUUCUUCUUCUUCUUCUUCUUCUUCUUCUUCUUCUUCUUCUUCUUCUUCUUCUUCUUACUCAUAAUCCUCUUCUCCCACAAAUCGCCCUUUUCUCUCCCAUUAUUUCUUUUUAAUUUUUGCUUCUCUCUCUCUUUCUCCUCCUCUCUCUCUCUCUCUCUCUCUCUCUUUCGCUCGCUCACUCGCACUAUCUCUUGA